AUGCGCUUGGGAGAAAUACUAAAGGUGAGACAACCUCCUGUCCCAAUACGUUCUUACUUGGCACCAAUUAAAGCCAUAUCAUGGCAGCUUCUCAUUAGGUCAGAGGACUCGUUUGGUAAUCCAAAUGUAAUUGCCGCAACCAUAUUGGAACCUCCGAACGCAGACUCCAGCAAAAUAUUAGCAUAUCAGGCUUUUGAAAACUCUGCUACUGGGGAUUGUCGUCCUUCUUAUGCAAUCCUUUCGGGGUCUUUUGAAACUUUCCAAAUCCAAGCCGAGCUCGCAUUUAUAUCGGCGGCGUUAUCUAAGGGGUGGUUUGUACUAAUACCAGACUAUGAGGGGCCGCAACUGUCAUUUCCGGCAGCAAAAAUUUCAGCAUUUUCAGUAAUGAACGCUAUGAGGGCCGCCAGGACGUUUAUUAACAAAGAAGCCCACUUUGCAAUGUUGGGAUACUCUGGUGGUGCAUUUGCAUCAGCUUGGGCUGCAAUCCUUCAACCUCAAUAUGCGCCAGAGUUGAAAAUUGUAGGGGCUGCAUUAGGGGGUCUUAUCGUCAACAUUAGUGCUUUGGUUGAAAAUGUGGAUGGAGGCCCAUAUGCUGGUUUGGUUGUCAAUAUCCUAAAUGGAUUGGGAAACGAGUAUCCCAGAUUUAAAUACGCAAUUCACAGGUACGGGUUGAACUUGAGAAACUAUUGUCUAGUAUCAGCGGCAAUCCACUAUUUUGGCUCCAAGUUCAACGUUGACGUUUACAAAAACUUUUUGCAAAAUGGAAUCAUCAAAUACUACUUCAACAAAAACAGUCUCUUGGGUAAACAGGCGCCAAAGUUACCAAUCUUUAUUUACCAUUCAAUGUUGAAUGAAAUGUCGCCAAUAAGUGAAAUAUAUAAAUUGAUAGACCAAUGGUGUGAACAGGGUGCACAGUUGGAAUUUUCCGAGGAUUUAAGUUAUAACCACAUGGUGGAGGCAUUCUCAGGAAUACCGGCAGCUUUAACGUGGUUGGAAGACAGAUUUGAAAAGAAAAAGAUGCCAGCCAAGUGCGUCAGGGAAAAGCGGGCUUCUAAUUUGAUGUACCCUGGCAGUUCAACGUUGAUCAAGCACCAUUUAAAGAACUCCCUACUGCAAGUCAUGUCAUCAAUCAACCUUUUUUCAUAA